CCACUUCGUUGAUAUUCGUUGCAAAUUGAACUGCGCCCGCGGCCCUUGUGGCCUCUGUGGCCACGAAAGCCUCUUCCUCUCAUGGUUUCGCGCACCUGGCGCCGGAUCCUGGGUGCCGUGCCUCCUGCACGUCACUUGCCGCGGGCGGUGCGGGCCGUGCGCGCGGCCGCAUCGGUGGCAGCUGGAGCCAGUGUCGCAGGCUGCCCUGGCCGCCCCACGUUCCUCGAGCCGCCGCCCUGCCGCAGCAAAGCUCAUGCGCCGGUGGAGCCAGGCACUGCAAAGGCUUCGGAAGAGGAGGCGGUGGCGGCGUGGGGCGGUGGUUUUCAGCAGACUGGGCAUAGAAGUCCAUGGCGUUGAAGUCCGGUAAACCACUGCAUGGUGGAAGAAGAAACUGACCUAAUACCAAUUCGAUCAUGGUCGUCACAGAACAAUGCGGCCCGGCUUGCGGUAGAUGAGUUCGCCGAGUUCGCGUGUCUUUCGAGGAAUUAGACCGUCUGGAAAAUACCCUGAAGGAAUGACAUGGAAGAAGAGGUUUCUGUGGGUUUUUCUUGUCAUGUCCUGGGGGUUGCUCGUUCCUCAUCUAUUUCUUGAAGCUUGAUGAAACUUGUAUAAAAGAUAUAUAAACAUACAUGUUGCUUAGCUAGAGGUGUCGGCUAGUUGUGCUUCUGUGUUGCCGAUCGGGCCAUUAAAUGUUUGUAGGUGGAGGAACUUCUCAGCAGAAGUAAGACCGUGCUGUUCAUGAAGGGCUCGCCAGAGUUGCCCAGAUGUCGGUUUUCCAGACUGGCCGCUGGUCAAGCAGAAGGAGCACCAACGACGAAUCGACCAGGGCAGGCAUUGACAUUUGUUGACCAAUUAGGCAGGUUUGUGCAACAUUCAAGGUGACUUGCGUGGAGUUUAUUUGUGUUUUUUCCUUGCGUGGAGUUUAUUGGUGCUUUUUCUUAACUUUUUUUUUCACCUACUACUUUGACCCAUAUUACUGAGGUCUCAUUGUACAACACAGAAAAACAACGCAGUAAACGCUUCUAUUGCACUGCUUCAUACGCACGCUGGUCAACGGUCAUCCCCGGUUUCUCCACCGCUUUGUGGCGGCGCCGGCCCGGCUGACCGCCGGUCGACCGGGCCGCCCGUUUCUUAGGCCGUGGAGAUCCUGCGGCAACACCAAGUGGAGUUUGACUAUGUGGAUGUUUUGGAGAAUCCCUCAGUGAGA